CCAUCCAAGGAAUAUUUCAGCCUGACAAACUUAUUUGUAAGUAUAAUUCUGAUUGACUUGGGGGGUAUUCAUUCAAAUCCAGUACCUGAAAAUGAAGAGGCAUGUGGGUGUGGGAAUGGACUUCUCAGCAGGCAGUGAGUAUGCUCUCAAUUGGGCUCUCAGUAAUCUUGCCAGACAUGGAGAUACAGUCUUCUUGAUAAAUGUAAACAGUGAUGUUGAUUAUGGAGAGGGUGCCUUGUGGAUGGAGGAAGGAGCUCCCCUUGUUCCUCUAGAGGAGAUUGAUAAUCCAAGCAUCAUGCUCAAAUAUGGCAUAAAAUUUAGUGCAGAUAUACUUCAGCAGCUGAGGUUGGCUGCAAGUCAAAAGGAUCUGACAGUGGCUUUGAAGGUUUAUUGGGGUGAUGCAAGAGGCAAGCUUUGCAGAGCAGAGGUGGAUCUUGAGCUUCAUUGCUUGGUUGUGGGGAGCAGAGGCAUGGGGAUGUUGAAGAGAGCUAUCAUGGGAAGUGUGAGUGAGUAUGUUAUAUCUAAUGCUGCAUGUCCUGUUACAGUGAUUAAGAGCCCCCAACAGUGCUUGGAAUUGGAGGAGGUAAAUGAUGUAUAAAGUUUGGUGUGCCUUGAGAGAUUAUAAGGUGUUUAUAUUGUUUGUUUGGGGGAGAUUUAUGGGAUUUCUUAUAAAUUCUUAGAUGGUCUGUAAUAGAUAUUGGAAUAUAUGUAACAUUGGCUGUUGUUUUAUAUAAUAAUUCAGUGUUGCUUCUUAUUAAAAAUAAUUCAGUAUUGCUUCUUGUUAAA